AUGAGCCAAAACCGCAAGUGUGAUCCGUUUUGCUACUUGGCAGCCAUUCUCUUUUUCGGAAGCGGCGUCAUUCGAUCCGUCCUCUUUGAUCAGCCACUGUCCAGCGCUCCCUUUAAUUUUGACGAUUGGACCGACAUGGACGGGUACUACGUCAAAGGACAAUGGACGGGUCAACGAUCACUCAUAUUGGAUCUUUGGGCAACCUACAGUACGAUGCAUGUGUUGGGAUGGAUCGUUGUGGCGACCGUUCUCUUUCGGUUUGCCUGGAUUCAGUCGGCCAAUGGUACUACUAAAAUUGGUGUCAAUGGGACCAUUGCCUUUGUCGGAGCAAUGGCGGCCAUUGUGGAAUUAGUGGUCCGGAUGCUCUUCCAUGGCAGUGCACACGCACAACAUUGGAUGGCAAACAGCUUUACCUUGGAUAAAUGGUAUGCAUUACAAGACAUGACGACCGGAGAAGUGGAUCGGAUUGGUUGGAAGACUCUGGAAGUGGUUUCGAUUGCCUCCACUGGAUUCUUGCUUUGGGCCGAUACCAUUGAAUACAUGGCAAUGGUGGUGAUAUUGGUUCUCAUUCACAAUUCGACAACGGUGGCCGGGUCCGUUUUCAGCAAGAAAUGGGCCUUUUUUGGCGUGCUGAUUGCCUGUCUCAACGUGGUGGACAUUGCAGCCGAAGUCUUGCGAUUCCAACAUUGGAAACUCUUCUCAGAAGUUGCCGUUUACAUUUCAUCUGCCAAUCAGAUUAUCAUCUUUCCCAUUUGGUUGAUUUGGAUGGGAAUCCAACUGGCUGCGGUUCCAAAAAUGAACCAAAGUGUAGAAGCUCCAGAGGACUUGGUGCUAGACCAUGAAUAG